GUGAGGUCUGCAGAGUGCAGGAGCAAACAUCCAGCCGCCAGCGGAAGGAGGAGAGGAUGAGAAAGGGAGAUGGAGAAGACAAUGAUAGAGCGGAAGUUGAGGUCUUCUCUAUAGGGAACUGUAACACCCCUGAGGACAGUAAGAGCUCAGUGUGUGUCUCACAGUCCCCACAAAGGGCCCCCUAUAAGGGAAGUGGAGGGGGAAGGGAUUGGACAUGUGAAGCCCCUCAAAGGGCCCAUAAGGAGGUGAAGAGGCAGGGGAAGGGAGGAGGACGGGGAGGAAGGAGUGAGAGGGGAGGUGUAAAGAGUGGGAGGGAAGGAGGAAGGGCCGUGAGGGAGACUGACAGGCAGGAAUACACUGGCCACAUAGUGUCUGAGAUGAAGGUAUACAUGAGCAGCAGCAGCAGCUCAGAGACACAGGACUGCAGAGAGGCUGCCGUCAGGCCCAGACCACCAAGGCCCAGGCCCAGGCCUAGAUCCGGGCCCAGCCCCAGCACCCCACACCCUCACCAGACACAAUCCCACACUCAGCAGGCCAAGGCCCGCCCGAAACAAGCCUACCAGACCCACACCUACCUGACAGAGGUCCAUACCCUCCCAAAACAGGCCUACCAGACCCACACCUACCUGACAGAGGUCGAUCCCCUCCCGAAACAGGUCCAGAACCAUCAGCUACAGGCCCAGAGCGACGUCCGACAACACCAGCAGACACAGAACUGUAGAGAAAGUGCUAUCAGGCCUACACACAGAUCUAGCCCCAACACACCACACCCUCAACCCCCCCAGACCCCGGCCCAAAUGCAGCACAUCCAGGCCCACCAAAUCCAGGCCCAGUAUAGACAGGCCCCUCCGACACAGGCCCAGAUGCAUAAGAGACAAGCACCCACCCACCCGACACAUGCCCAGACCAACAAGAGACAAGCACCCACCCACCCAACACAGGCCCAGACCAAGCAGCAACACAAAGAGAGUCCCGUCAGUCCCAGCCACAGCCCUAGGCCCACCUCUGACAGUCCUAGACCCAUCUCUGACAGCGCUAGUCCCAUCUCUGACAGCCCUAGGCCCACCUCUGACAGUCCUAGACCCAUCUCUGACAGCGCUAGGCCCAUCUCUGACAGCCCUAGGCCCAUCUCUGACAGCCCUAGGCCCACCUCUGACAGCCCUAGGCCCACCUCUGACAGCCCUAGGCCCAUCUCUGACAGCCCUAGGCCCACCUCUGACAGCCCUAGGCCCACCUCUGACAGCCCUAGGCCCACCUCUGACAGCCUUAGGCCCACCUCUGACAGCCCUAGGCCCAUCUCUGACAGUCCUAGACCCACCUCUAACAGCCCUAGGCCUGCCCCACCUCCCAGCCACAAUGCCCAGACACAGGAACACACUCCCAACACCCGACAGACCGAGCAGCAUUGCAGAGAGACCACCACCAGUUGGAGCGCCAAGCCUCCGUCUCCUCUCCUCCAGGAGAGCCACCAGACCCAGACCUAUCACCCUCGCAGAGACAGCACCGCCAGCCCCAGCCCAAGGCCCACUUCUGACUCCUCAUCCAGCCUGGACAAACAUCCCAGGGCUGUAAAACUAUCAACAUCACCAGCUCCACCAGCUUCACACCACAACACAGAGCCACAGAGGGAGUACCCCGAGGAGAGACAGACACACAAACAGAUGCCCUACAACAUCUCAGAGCAGCAGCCUGGCACGCCCCACUGUCCAGAGCCCCGGGCCCUACAGGAGGACAGUAACAACACACCUCAGCCUGAACCAACACAGAACAACGCCUCGUUCCCCAGCUUCGUGGAUGUCCCAGGACCGUGUGAGCCCGAGGACCUGAUUGAUGGCAUCAUCUUUGCUGCUAACUACCUGGGUUCCACCCAGCUGCUGUCUAACAAGAACCCAUCUAAAGGAACACGCAUGUCCCAGGCGCAGGAGGCUGUCAGCCAGGUCAAGAGCCAAGAUGGAGACUCUCAGACGGUGACAGAAGUGGACCUCUUCAUCUCCACCAAGGCUGUCAAAGUGCUGAAUGCCGACUCACAGGAGACGCUGAUGGACAGUGCGUUGCGUUCCAUAUCCUACAUCGCAGACAUCGGGAGCAUCGUGGUUCUGAUGGCUCGUACCCGUAUGGCAGGAACAUCCUCACAGGACUGUAGUGAAGCUGAUCUCUCCUCCUCAGAGGGGCCGAGACGGUACAGGAUGAUCUGCUACGUCUUCGAGUCAGAGGACGCCCAGCUCAUUGCCCAGUCCAUCGGCCAGGCGUUCAGCGUUGCCUACAGGGAGUUCCUCCGUGCCAAUGGGAUCAACCCUAAGGACCUGAGUCAGAAACAAUACAGUGACAUCAUCAAUUCCCAGGAAAUGUACAAUGACGACCUGGUCCAUUUCUCAAACUCUGACAACUGUAAAGAGUGUCUGGAGUUGGAGAAGCAGAAGGGAGAGAGCCUAGGUGUGGUGAUAGUGGAGUCUGGCUGGGGCUCCAUCCUGCCAACAGUUAUCCUAGCUAACAUGUUGAACAGCGGCCCGGCUGCCCGCUCUGGGAAACUCAGCGUCGGGGACCAGAUCAUGUCCAUCAACAACACCAGCCUGGUGGGCCUGCCGUUAGCUACCUGCCAAGGCAUCAUCAAGGGUCUGAAGAGCCAGGUGCAGGUGAAGCUGAGCAUCGUGAGUUGUCCUCCUGUCACCACCGUCCUCAUCAAGAGACCUGACCUCAAGUUCCAGCUGGGCUUCAGUGUUCAGAACGGCAUCAUCUGCAGUCUGAUGCGUGGAGGUAUCGCAGAGCGAGGAGGGGUGCGAGUCGGCCACAGGAUCAUUGAGAUCAAUGGGCAGAGUGUGGUUGCCAUGCCGCAUGAGAAGAUAGUCCAGACCCUGUCUGUGUCAGUGGGAGAGAUCAAUAUGAAGACCAUGCCUGCAGUGAUGUUCCGACUGUUAACAGGGCAGGAGAUUCCCGUCUACAUUUAGACUCUCCACGCUCAGAGUUCUAAAUUGCACCCUAUUCCCUAUGUAGUGCACUACUUUAGACCAGGAUCCAUAAGGUUCCGGUCAAAAGUAGUGCACAAUGUAGGGAAUAGGGCGCAAUUUAUUACGCACACCUUAUCUGCAUCUCUUUUUGUGUACUCGCUCACUGCUUCUGCAUGUCUGGGAGACGUUGAACAGACGGGGUGGUCGACAGUCAGUGGAGCCAUUAAAAUGAGCCUGUCCUCCGAUUUACAGUGCCACCAGCCUCCACUGGGUGAUACAUUAGGAAGGUGUAUUUUUCUAUCACGUUAUUUUCCUGUUAUUCGACUGACAGGGAUUACUCCAUUCUCAAUUUAAGGCUUCUUUCAAAUACAUUGAAGAACUACACAGUCAUAAUGGGUUGAAAUGUACAUAACAUAAGCUGUGUGUG